ACCCCUAAACCCCUAAACCCACUUACAAUCUCCAAAUUCUUGAGAAACAAAAUGGGGUGCCUGAUGAAAUCUCUGAAGAGAACCUGCGUUUUGUUUAUCAUUUCAAAACAAAACAAAUCUCUCUUUACAUCGAACUUAAACCCAAUCUCUCAAACCACAAGAAGAAAUUACGUAUCAGAAAUGCGCAAAUCUGCCUUUGAAGGUAACGUUCUGAGACUUCUCCGUAACGAGAUUCAAUACGAACUUGAACACUCCCCUCCUAAACAGCCUAUCACCAAAUUUAAUUCAUUCACUGUUGAUGAGCGAUCUGGAGAGCAGUGGAUAAGGUUGAACAGAAAAUUUGGGGAGAAAGAAGAUAUUAAACUUGAGGUCACCAUGUUUGAUGGAUCCAUUCCUGUUUCGAAAGGUGGUGUUGUAACAGGCGAAGAAGUUCAGCUUCCCAUUACCUUGAUUGUCAAUAUCACCAAGGGUGAUGGUGAGGUGUUGGAAAUAAUGUGCUCUGCUUGGCCAGAUACCAUAGAGAUUACAAAGCUGUUUGUUCGAGAGAAGAACAAAACGUCUGGUCAGCCUUAUGCUGGUCCUGGAUUCAAGGAAUUGGAUGAUGAGCUGCAAAACUCUCUCUAUGAAUUCUUGGAGGAAAGAGGUAUAGAUGAUCAACUGGCUAUUUUCUUGCAUGAAUACAUGAGAAAUAAGGAGAAAUCUGAGUUCAUUAGAUGGAUGCAAACUGUCAAAUCAUACAUUGAGAAGUAGAUAUAUUUCUGCAGUACUCAGUCUGAUAUUUUUGGUGAUUCGAUCAAAAUUUGCAUUGGUAUUACAGAAGAUUUAGAAUAUAUUGUCUCCUGAGAGCUUUUGGAGCUUCAAAACUCAUCAGUUAAUAUAUUAUUACUAUUACCAAAA